AGCACCGCGGAGAGCGGCUCGGCCGGGCCGCCGGGCGCCAUGCGGCUGCUGCUGCUGGCCGUGCUGGUUUGGUUCUCGGUAGCCCGCGCGGGCUGCGAGCCCAAGAUCAUCAACAUCGGCGCCGUGCUGAGCACCAAGAAGCACGAGCAGGUUUUCCGCGACGCCAUCAGCCAGGCCAACAAGCGGCACGGGACCUGGAAGAUCCAGCUGAACGCCACCUCCGUCACCCACAAGCCCAACGCCAUCCAGAUGGCUCUUUCCGUCUGCGAGGACCUCAUCUCCAGCCAGGUGUAUGCCAUCUUAGUGAGCCACCCACCAGCUCCAAAUGACCACUUGACACCAACUCCAGUGUCAUACACAGCAGGGUUCUAUCGGAUUCCUGUCCUUGGGCUGACAACUCGCAUGUCCAUAUAUUCAGAUAAGAGUAUCCACCUGUCCUUCCUACGAACGGUGCCCCCUUACUCCCACCAGUCCAACGUUUGGUUCGAGAUGAUGCGCUUUUACAAGUGGAACCAUAUCAUCCUCAUUGUCAGCGAUGACCACGAAGGUCGGGCUGCCCAAAAGAAGCUGGAGACCCUCUUGGAAGAGAAGGAAUCCAAGAGUAAAAAAAGGAACUAUGACAGCCUCGAACAACUAUCCUAUGACAGCAAGCGAGGACCCAAGGCCGAGAAGGUGCUUCAGUUUGAACCGGGAACAAAAAAUGUGACUUCACUGCUACUGGAAGCCAAAGAAGUGGAGGCGCGGGUGAUUAUCCUCUCCGCAAGCGAGGACGAUGCCACCACCGUGUAUAUGGCAGCAGCCAAAGAAAACAUGACCGGUCCGGGUUACGUAUGGCUGGUGGGAGAAAGGGAGAUCUCGGGCAACGCCUUGCGCAAUGCGCCAGAAGGACUGAUUGGUCUACAGCUCAUGAAUGGGAAGAACGAAUCUGCACAUAUCAGAGAUGCUGUGGCAGUGGUGGCCCAGGCUGUGCACGACUUGUUUGAGAAAGAGAACAUCACCGACCCACCCCGAGGCUGUGUGGGGAACACUAACAUCUGGAAGACUGGGCCCCUCUUCAAAAGGGUGCUGAUGCAUACCAAAUAUGCAGAAGGCGUGACUGGCAGGGUGGAGUUUAAUGAAGACGGGGACCGAAAAUAUGCCAACUACAGCGUCAUGAAUCUCCAGAACAACAAACUGGUGCAAGUCGGAGUCUACAACGGGAGCCACUUUCUGCCCAACGACCGAAAGAUUGUCUGGCCGGGAGGGGAAACAGAAACACCGCAGGGUUACGAGAUGUCUACAAAACUAAAGAUAGUCACAAUCCACCAGGAGCCAUUUGUCUAUGUGAAGACCACCCUGGCCGACGGGAAGUGCAAGCCGCUGCUCAACAGCACGGGGGGAUUGGUGCAGCAGGUGCUCUGUACAGGGCCCAACGAGACCUUGCCAGGGCGCCCCAGCGUAAUGUUAUGUUGCUAUGGCUUCUGCAUCGACUUACUCAUCAAGCUUGCGAAGACAAUGAAUUUUACCUACGAAGUUCAUCUAGUGGGUGACGGUAAAUUUGGCACACAAGAACGGGUGAACAACAGCAACAAGAAGGAGUGGAACGGGAUGAUGGGAGAGCUGCUGAGUGGCCAGGCCGACAUGAUUGUGGCCCCGCUAACCAUUAACAAUGAGCGGGCUCAAUAUAUCGAGUUUUCCAAGCCUUUUAAGUACCAAGGACUGACCAUCCUCGUGAAGAAGGAAAUCCCCCGCAGCACCCUGGAUUCAUUCAUGCAACCGUUCCAGAGCACACUGUGGCUCCUGGUGGGGCUGUCGGUUCAUGUGGUGGCUGUGAUGUUAUAUCUGCUGGACCGUUUCAGUCCCUUCGGCCGAUUCAAAGUGAACAGUGAAGAAGAGGAAGAGGACGCCCUGACGCUUUCAUCGGCCAUGUGGUUCUCCUGGGGGGUCCUUCUGAAUUCUGGCAUCGGAGAAGGUGCCCCAAGAAGUUUCUCAGCUCGCAUCCUUGGCAUGGUCUGGGCUGGUUUUGCCAUGAUUAUCGUGGCCUCCUACACUGCCAACCUGGCUGCUUUCCUGGUGUUAGACAGACCGGAGGAACGAAUCACGGGCAUCAACGAUCCUCGGUUGCGAAACCCUUCGGACAAGUUCAUCUAUGCCACGGUGAAGCAGAGCUCGGUAGACAUUUAUUUCCGAAGGCAGGUGGAGCUAAGCACCAUGUACCGGCACAUGGAGAAACACAAUUACGAAAGUGCUGCCGAAGCCAUCCAGGCUGUUCGGGACAACAAGCUCCACGCCUUCAUCUGGGACUCGGCUGUGCUAGAAUUCGAAGCCUCGCAGAAGUGUGACCUGGUGACUACAGGGGAGCUUUUCUUCCGGUCGGGCUUCGGCAUCGGGAUGCGCAAGGACAGUCCCUGGAAGCAGAACGUCUCCCUGGCCAUCCUCAACCUCCACGAGAAUGGCUUCAUGGAAGAACUUGACAAGACUUGGGUGAGAUAUCAGGAGUGUGAUUCCCGCAGCAAUGCUCCAGCAACACUCACCUUCGAAAACAUGGCAGGUGUCUUCAUGCUGGUGGCUGGAGGUAUUGUGGCCGGGAUAUUUUUAAUAUUCAUAGAAAUAGCAUACAAAAGGCAUAAAGACGCCCGGAGGAAACAGAUGCAACUGGCGUUCGCGGCAGUUAAUGUGUGGCGGAAAAACCUGCAGGAUAGAAAAAGUGGUAGAGCAGAACCAGACCCUAAAAAGAAAGCCACUUUUAGGUCCAUCACCUCUACCCUGGCCUCCAGCUUCAAGAGACGUAGGUCAUCCAAAGACACGCAGUAUCACCCCACCGACAUCGCUGGGCAACUCAACCUCUCUGACCCCUCGGUCAGCACCGUGGUCUGAGAUCUCGGGACGGACCAAUGGAGACUCCGAGGGACCUUCUGGAGACACCAAAGGGAAGCCUUGGCUAUCCACCCACGGCGUCUGCAUUGCUUCCUUCCCUCCGGCCCCGAUAGACCCCUGCUUUCUCCAAGGGGGACCAAUCUCACUUGCGGCCUUGGGAUGAACUACUAAACACCUGGGGCCUGGCGGCACCUCCGUUUUUUUCUAGAGCAUGACCUCCAUUUACUUCUCCUCCAAGACACACAGAGAAGGUAGUUCUGAGGGAGACACACACACCCCACCGCCACCAAGGAGAGGAUGGAUGGCACAUCGGACCGGGUCUCUUGGGGAAGAGGGGAAGAGUCUCGUCAUUGUUACCUGCAUGCACUGAACCUCUUAAGCCCACCUUACUUCACCCGACGGUUUCCAGAUUGUAUCGGGACAGCGAAGAGGCCCCCAGCCCCACAGUUCAUCACUCCCUAUGUUUAUAUAUAGUUCUGUAAAAAAAAAAAAAAAAAGGCCUGUCAGUCCACCACAUCCCACCCAGUGAGCCCCGUGGCCCUUUUUUCGGCUGCCAGUGUUCCCUCAGGACAGCCAAGGUUUUCUCUGACGGGGAAGGGAAGGGGGGAAUCUCCCCGUCUCUCUCUGUUUUGACUACUUCUUAGUUCCUUUGUGAAACAGAAUUUUAGCCAACCCCUCCCACGCCUCCCACCUGGUAAAGCAACAUUUCCGGUAGGACGGGAAGUUCCCAGCUUCUCGGCGACGCUUUGCUGGCUGCCGGUCCAAAUCUCCAGCUUGCUCCUCCUUUGCAGAAGACAGAAGUGCUUUCUCUGCCACGGACGGACGGACGGACAGAUAAACGCCGGCGCUGACCCCUUUGCUCCUUUCCUGGGCUGGGAUCAGGGGUGGCAGCCUUGGAAUCGUUCCUCUCUUCUCCCAUGUGCAUUGAGAUUUCUAACAAACCUCCUCUGGCAAACAGGGCCCUGCCAAGAUCUUCUAGCCUUUGAGAGAGAAGGUCCCAGUUCUUUCCUCCCCUGGCCCCAACACAGUGCUCCUCAGAACCAUCCCUUCCCCACAACCCAUUAUCCCAUGGUCCAGCAUGUGCCACUGCCUUCUGGAAAGGAAGCCAGGCCUUCUGGCUCUCCAGCUGAGAGUUAUCGUGUUGGUUCUCUUGACCCUCGAUCCUCACGAUAUUUUUCAUUUCCACACUCAGGAG